UACGGCGCCAUAGCAACGCGAUCUGUUGAGUUGAGUUUUCCUGUGCGUUCAGAUUUACUGACUUCAUUAAAAACUUCCUACGUGAUAUCCAACUCAGCUAUGGGCAACAUGUACCGCGGAUUAAAAAAAACAGAUAAUACCCCGGCUUAUACAGUUUCACCUUCAAUACCAACGAAAUACCAAAGAGUGCUGCUAACAAACCAAGAAAAGAAGGGCUUUUCAUCUCAAGCUAAGAGAUUCCCUUCACAAGAAUAUCUGAAUGAAAAUCCAGGACCAGGCAGCUAUGACUGCUUCUCCUGUGCUGAAGGGAAAAGUCCUUCCUUCUCAAAGAAAGGCACCACAGGCUUUGUUGCUGGCAAGGCUCCUAGGGCUUCCAGUAACCCACAGAGAGACAUCCCAGGACCAAAUGCAUACAACCUACAGAGCUCCCUCAUACACAAAUAUGACUUCAACCAUGGCGUCUCCAGGGUGUUCAGGUUGCCUGUGGGAGUGCAGCUGGAUGGUCUGAAGCACAGAACUCCAGCCCCGAAUCAAUAUGAUGUCAGUUGUGCUACCAGACAGAGAUUCUCCUCAGUGGUUGGUACAUCAGCUUUCCUGUCGAAAACUGGACGUGACUCUUUUUGCCCAAACAAUGAUGUGCCGUCACCAUGCCAUUAUGAAGUAAGCAAUGUAAGCCAGCAGGGCCCCAAGGCAGUCUUGUCCCCCUUCAAAUCAAAAAGUCAGAGAAUCCUUGCUCCGGUAGACAACCGUGUACCAGGUCCAGGGGCCUACAGUCCCCAUCAGAGCCCUGCAGUGGUGAAGGGCACCAUCCGUCCGAGGGGGUUUUAUUUGGCAAUAUCAGCACCUCCGCUGAUUGUACCUAAGGACCCUCCCUUGCCAGGCCCUGGGCAGUACAACAUAAGGAAUUAUGACAACCCGUCUAAGCGUCCCAUCCCCACUGCUGCAUUUGCAUCCAGGACUGAAAGAAUACUCCUGAACCCACAGGCUGAUGCAAGGCCAGGCCCAGCUAGACAAAUACAGGUGGUGUGAUGUUUCUAGAGCAUCUACAGAAAACUUCUUGAAGACACUGAGCAAUAAACACCAGAUUAUGUUAUCUAUAAAAGAGAAAAGGGUUUUUCUAGACUGAUUAUUUCAUGCACAUUUGCAGAUUAGUCUGGGAUGCUGACAUCUGCACAAUAUUCACACGCAAGUUUAUUUUGUAGUAGUCAUGUGCUAAUUUGCUUUAAAUGCUAAUACAGCUUUAAUAAAUAAAUUAAGAUUAGAUUAGGUUUGCAGUAAAUUUGCAUCCCUACUCUGGGAGCUGCUGAGUGUGGUAAGUGUAGGAAGGUGCUGAUUUAAGUGUAUGUAAAUGAGGCAGGUUAAGGAAAAGUAGGUGCACAUGAAAGUUUAAUGACAGCAUUUCAUCAUAAAACAACUCCUGGAAUUUGCCCAGGAUUUUUUGCUUUAACCCUAUGACUUCCACUUUUUAAAUCUCGCUGUUUAUCUGCUUGUAAAUAGUCUAGUUAAGUCCAAGUCCAAAACCAAGUCAACUCAAGUCUGAAUCAAGUCACAAGUCCUUAAAGUUAGAGUCGAGUCCGAGUCCUGAGCUCGAGUACUACAAGCCUGGUUGGGUCACCGUUUUGUAAUGAGCCAUCACGUUUGAUAUCUUCAGAAAUGUCAUAAAUGCAUGUGUAAGAGAAACUAAAACCGUUCUGCAUUGUCCAUCAUAAAUCUUGAAUACAACUAGAUGCAAACUCGAGAUUAAGAGGUAGC